CCUCCUGUCGCACUCAUUCACCCUCACUCCCGUUAUUCCUUUUUGUCGAGGCUUUUCAUCAUCUGCCGCCGGGUCUUUCGUCCCUCUCAGCCCCGCGUCUACACAAACAAAUAAUAAUCCGAUCCAGCCCCGCCAAGACUCAAGUGCCGCUCAGGUUACCGCGCACAUGGGUUUCGUGUCAGUAUUGGUCACCUGGCCGUGACGUCACGCUGGCACCUCCCCGUUAUUGGUUCGAAGUGUUUUAUUACCCAAGUAUGACGACUUGUAAUUGGUCCCGAAACGGUGACGUCCUGAUCCAGAACGUGACCAACGCCUUCCAGGUGAACAAGGGGCGGAGGGGCCUGGCGGGCGGCUCACGCUGGCCGCUGGUUGGCUGCAGAGGGUGUGACGUCACGCUAAGGAGGCGGGCCAUUGGUGGAGGCGGAUGUGACAUCAUGGGUGGGCGUCCCUGGGGUGGGUCAGGUGACGGGGGAGUUCCGGCGCCACCCGGGGGGGGCUGCGGCGCCAGUGGUCGGCGAGGACGCGGCGGCCACCUGACCUUGCCAGCGGUGUGACUGUGUGAGUGGUGAACCCAGGAGCCGCGCCAGUAGUGGGCAGCGUCUCCACCCGUACACACGCACGCGCGGCGCACCUCCUCCUCCACUGAGCACGACAUAACUACCUUCGCGACCAGAUGUCCUCCGCCUCAGCAUCGUGGCGUGAUCUCUGACUCCCCGGUAGCGGUGGACCCAGAAGGAACGACUCAGCGCAUUCCUAAGCACCAGCGGCACUGACAGCAAUACCUGCGGCACCAGCGUUAUUACCAACGACAGUAGAGCAGAAAAAGCAGCACCAGUAGGAGUGAGAGGAUGCGGGCGGGCGUGUGUUGGCGCACCGGCGCGCUGGGUGCCUGGCUGCUGCUGCUGCUGCUCGUGAGUGUGCGGGCGGCUGAGGGCGUGAGGAGCAUGGUGCGGGGCAGCCACACCCGCGACGUCUCCCUCGGCAGCAACACCCUCCAGAGUCUUCAGACACUGUGGCAGAAGGAGGGCCAGGAGGAAGAGCGACCUCACGUCUUCGACCCCCGCCAGACUUGGGAUUUCUUCCUCCGCAACUCUGAGGCCCAAAGAACCAGAACACGAAAGAACCGCUUAAGGAAUCGCAAGAACCGUAUUCCUAUGCCAAAAGAAGGCCCGGCCGGCCCCCCAGGACGGCGAGGACCCAUGGGUCCCCCCGGUGCCCCAGGAGGGACCCUCACCACACAAGAGAUGGAGGAGUACAUCAAGGAGUUUUUAAGAGAGUACCUGAGCCAGAACAACACGGCCCCCAACGCCACGAGCCUGGAGUCGGCAGAGAGCCAGCGGGCGGCGAGGGCGGGGCGGGGCCGAGUUAAGGCUGCCUUCACCGCCAUCCUCCCGCGGCCCAUCGUACUCAACCCUUUAGGACUCUCAAUCGUCGACGCUUUUACCAUAACGUUCUCCCCGGGCGUGUUCGAGCGCCGCAUGGUCCUGCAGCACGGCGGCUUCUCGGCCAUCAAGCGGGGCAUCUACCAAGUGGCCGCCUCAUUGGUGCUGCACCCGCACGGCCGCCCCAGCAGCCCUCCGCUAGACAAACCGCAGGACAUCAGCGUCUACCUGUGCAUCACCACGUGCGCCAGGGACAGGCGUCGGCUGGAGUGGUCCGGCGGUCUGGGCGAGGGCACAGUGACGGCGGUGCUGGUGGGUCACGUGGUCUUGGUUCGAGGCGACACACUCCUCGUCGCCGUCGACAAUCCAACGAAGCGGCCUCUGCAGGUGAGGACAGGUUCAAGCUUCUCGGCCGCGCUCAUCGGGACCUAAACACCUGCAGAACCAGCUUUUGCGCCGAGCACCGCACCCAGCGGGCAGCAGACUGGGUGCGCAAGACAAAAUGUUCCUUGAGAAAGCAAGUGACAAAAAAAAUUAUGAUACUGGUAAGGUGUUUCACGCAGUGUUUCCAUCAACGAUUGGAUGUGUUGAAGAGAGACGGAUGAGACUGUGCGUCGAGGUGUGGUGAGUGGCCACAUCUUGAAGGGCCGUGACCAUGACAAUAGUGAAAGAGUCGCGAGACGGACGAGACGUGCCAGUGCAGGUUGCAGCUAUUUAUCUAAGGAAAGAAGAGAAAAGACUGAGUGUGUACUAUAUGGGGUCUGAAACGAGCCCUUUGGGGUAUAUCGUGUCGGACAAAUAAAAUUAAGACAUAUGGGGAAAAGCUUUACGUAGAUGACGAGGAAUUGAAAUGUAUUUAUUUUGUUUGUCGAGUGUUUGUGAGUAGCCCAGCGGUUGUCCCAAAGUGGAGUGUGUUUUCGUGUGCUAAUGACAGUUUGGGUUAUUGUAAACUUCACGCUCCGAUAAAUGUUGUUGUGCCGAUAUGUUGAACUCUUUUAGUCUUAUUUUCACCACAUUCUCUCUCUCUCUCUCUCUCUCUCUCUCUCUCUCUCUCUCUCUCUCUCUCUCUCUCUCUCUCUCUCUCUCUCUCUCUCUCUCUCUCUCUCUCUCAACAUUUUUCUCUGUAUUUAUGGUGCUUUCGUAGCGACUUGUACAUAAAAAAAUGCUUUAAAAUGUAUCUUUUCCGGUGGUGUUUAAUCGCUAGUUCUAUUCAAAUGUAACCAAGACAUUGGAUUCAGUAUGAAAGACGCUCCUCGAAGAAUCCGAUUUAUUGAUGUUUCACGUAAGCAUUCCAGAGACGUAGCCGAGUAUGCUGAAACAUUGUUAUAUUGACCCGAGUUUCUUCAGAAUAUUUUUUAAAGAUAUAUUUCUUUUUCCCUUGUUCUUCACUUUUUUUCGUUUUCUUUUUUUUCGCUCGCUCCUCCUUUUUCUGUGUGUAUUUAGUACAUGCUUCUUCUCCCUUCUUUGUAUUUAACAUGAACAUGUAAAUAUUUGAUGUGUUGUCUCCCGUCACUCUGUCCUUCCUUUCUUCCGUAUCGUUUAUUCAAUAGUCUUGAAGUUGUCUAUACAGUAAACACGAAGUACAAUAGAUAUAAUUUGUGCCA